CGACAUUCAUGCACCAACCUUGCGCCCACCCACUUUGACAGCAGUCUCGUUCGCGCCCAAAAAGUGCAGUGCGCGCUGUCAUUCUCCGUUCAUUGACGAGUGUCCCGCGAGUUGAGUUUGGUUUUGCUGGAACAAAAACAAUCGCCGUUUUUCGGUGGAAAAUCCGUCGGAAUCUCGCUUCCGGGAGUUGGAUUCGACGUGGCAAUGAUACGCAGCCCUUGAUUUGCUGAUUGUGUUUGUUGGACUGAUGAAAGGUUGCGGAGGAGUGAAGGAGGGUUCAAUCAACUACGGAUUGUGAAUCAGACCAUCAAAAUGAAUGGAAGCAUAGCAAAGUAUUUCAAAUCCCCGAAAGAAAAUGUUCAGGAGAAGAGCAAAGAUGUUCCGGAACAACAGAAGAUUGAUGAAGAUGGUGAUUCGGAGGCGCAAGCAGGGCCGUCGAGUAAGGUAGACGAGGCUCCGUCCAAAAGCGAAGUUGACCGGAUGAUAGCCGAGAAUAUGGCAUCGGUGUUGAAAUCGCUGAAAAAGAAACGGAGUCAUAAAUGCAGUAAGCGGCGAAAGAACGGGGACCGCAAGGAGGAGAAAGAGCAACCGGAUGACGACGGGGAUGAGGUGCCAGAAGUUGAAAUUGUCGACUCGAAAGAUCCACCCAGACGAUCACCCCGGAAGACACACAAACAGGAUUCGGAGCAAGAGAAACCCAAGGAAGACCCACCUGGCAAAAAGAUGAAUGCUUUCCAGUUGAUGAUGAGCUCCAGAAAUAAAGCUAUCGGUUCGAAUUCUCCCGGCAAGGACGAUUGCUCUGGUGGAGAAAUUUCCAAUCCGGAGGAAUUGAAGAAGCGAGAAGAGAAGGUAAAACGAAAGUUGAAACUUGAGGAAUGGGCCGACCGUAAGGGUGCUGGAAAACGUAAGCUGCAAGAGGAAGCGGAGGAGGAAUUCAUCGCGCAUCAGAUGAAUCGUAGGACCAAGCGACUGAAGAAGUUGAUUCGGAACAUGGAAGUACCAGAGGAUGACGAGGAAGGGGAUGACGUGGAGAUGGUAGAGGAGCCAAAAGUGUCUCCAAGGAAAAAGGGAAGAUCACCGAAGAAGGAACCGGCACGACAGAUAGCGGAACAACGUGGCCGUAGAAGGUUGUCUUCCGACGAUUCGAAACCAUCGACGCCGGUGCCGGAAGAGCAUGGCGAAAGAUCUCCCGGUAAAAAGUCUGAAGGCGAUGAGUUUGUCUGUAAGCUCAAUUCUCCGUUGAAGAAGAAGGACAGUCUGCUGGGGUAUUUCAACAAGGUGGACAAGUCGCCGGAGGACGCGAAAUCAUCACAUGAGACUCCUCCAACGCCGAAACGUACGGGGCGUCCUCGCAGGACUACGGUUGCGAUCGAUGAGGACGUUCCGCCGCCGGAAGUAGCAGCCGUCGUCGAGAUUCAAGCGGAGGAGCACCAGAACGAAAACGAAAGCCCACUGAACACCAGCAGUAGCACCGGACGUCCUCGGCGGGCAUGCGCCGGAAAAAUCAUAGACUAUGCCGUGCUGAAUGGCAUCAGUCCGGAGAAGGAAUCGUCGUCCGGACGGCGUGGUAGGAAGUCUAUUGGCACUCCUUUGAAGAUAGUUAACGCGAAUUCGCCAUCCGACGGAACGAAGGUAGGUAAAUCACCAUCGGUGAGAAGUUUGGACGUGGAUCCGGAUGGAACGCCCAAGUCAACACGGAACGUUAAACUGGCUCCACUGUUUGUAAAGAAACCUGUGGAAGACCCAGAGAAGGUUCGUGCUCGGCAAGCAUUCUUGAUGUCCGGAAUCCCGGAAAAGAUGCGACUGGAGAUUGAGAAGCAGCGAUCGUUUGAGGAAUCAAUUCUGAACGAAUCGCCGGUAUUUCCACUGAUCAGUCACGUCCAGCAGCUGGUGUUUUCCGGUAGGGUGGGUGAUCGGUCCCCGUUACGAAGUGUUAAAAUUAGGGUUAAACCGGAAUCGCCGAACGAGGCGGCCGUUCCUGAAAAGGAAAAUGAGUUUGAAUUUGCUACUCUGAAUGAUUGCGACGAUUCCGUUGUGGAGGACAUCCUGGCCAAGCUGAUUGGGUAUGGUGAUUCAGAAGAGGCUUACAGUUACGUCCUACCCAAGAUCGGAAAUGUGAAGGACAUCGUUCGGGCGUGGAAGCAGAGCUACUCACAUUUUCCGGUGUUCAAAUGCUACAAGCAAUUCAAAGCCAUGUUCGAAGAACAUCUCGAGGAAAGUGAUCCUCCUCCUCUUCCUUCGGGACAGCGGAAGGGUCGGAAGCUGGAAGAGGCAAUCAUUUUAGAGGAUAGUGUGGAAAUCGUUGAGUCCAAAUAUGAAAAUCUGAACGGGGAACUGCUCUUUACGGAAAAGUACAAACCACUAAUUCCGGAUCAUAUUCUGGUCAAUUGUCAGCCGGCGAUUGCGUUGAAGAAAUUUCUCUCUAGUUGGAAGGAGGAUCGUGCUGGAAAUCCGUACGAUUCCGAGGAUGACUUCGAGAUUUCCAACUCCAGCAUGUCGUCCACCUCGAGUCAGAUCUUGAACCACGUCGUACUGGUGGGACCACCUGGAUGUGGCAAAACCUGUAAUGUUUACGCCGUGGCCAACGAUAUGAACUUCAACGUCUUGGAGAUUAAUGCCAGCAGUCGACGGAAAGGUAAGAUUAUCCUUCAGGAGCUGCAGGAAGCUACACAAAGCCAUCAGGUCCGCAGGAAGGACGAAGCUGUGGAUAUUUUCAAAAAAUCCCGGAAACCAUCGAAAAAAGAAGCUCGCCAGGUGUCCAUCGAUUCGGAAGGCUCUUCUGGAUCAAAGAAACUUUCGUUGAUCCUGAUAGAAGACGCCGACAUAGUGUUCGAACAGGACGAAGGAUUUAUCACGGCCAUCAAUCAGCUGAUAUCCACCUCCAAACGCCCUAUCGUACUAACAACCACGGAUCGGAACUGUCCCCACCUCUCCCGAUACAUCUCGAACAACGUGAUCCGCUAUGUAGCCCCAGGAAUCGCCCAUGUUGCCAAACUGCUCUCCAUCAUGUCCCUCGUUGAGAAAGUCCACCUGGAUCAAUCGGAACUGGCCCGGUUGUACGCCUUCAAUCGCAAGGACAUCCGGAAAACCAUCAAUGAGCUCCAGUUCUUUGUCCAAAGUGGAGGCGAUCGAAGUCUCGCAUCGGAACAGACCGCUCGCGUGCAAGAGCCGGAGCUCCGGAUUCGAGAAGACAAAAUCCCACAAUCUCUAUUGGAUGACGACGCGUCCCGGCAAUCCAAUGCUUCCUCCACCAACUCGGAUGCCCCUCCAGCACGGAAACACACCGCCUUGUUCCGGCUAUUCAGCCGGAACCAAAACCAGAUAGAACUGAUACGGUUCCCCGUCAAGUUUGACAAUCUCUGGUGCAAUAUGGAACGGGUUCUGCGACAGCCCCGUCCCUUCGCGCCCACUCCCUCUCCCGCUGUAACUCCUAAGCGAAAGCGGGGUCGAUCCACUGCCUCAGCGCCCAACGUCAAGGUUCCGACUAAGGACCACAGUCUUACAGAACUCGAAGAGCUGGUAUUCUUCUAUGAGAACAUCUCGACGGCUGCCCGGAUUCAGAGGGAUUCCAGGACACACGUGGACCCAGACCGCUUGGUGAACCACCUGGAGGAAGAGAUGGCACACGAACUGGUGGAAAUCUCCUGGGAACGGUGGUUCGAACCGGAACCGGAAUCCACACCGCAUGAUAAACGACGUAGCGGAGUAGGUGUCAUGUGCUACGAUAGCCUGAAGCAGUUUGAUGGCGAAGAUUGUCAAACCAUCUCCUCCUACAUCGGCAUCAAUCCCGUGCGAAGCCGAUCCACGUGCUGUGACUAUGAGCCCUACCUGCGCACAAUAUGUCGCUGCGAGCGGGAACGGGCCCGAGUGGAACGACGAGGCAGCCGUUUCUACCAUUAUUUCCGGAACUUCACCAACUGUAGUUCGCUGGCCAGCCUGGCAAACAGUAACACCGGUUCCAGCAUAGCGUUUACAACGACUAGCUUCAGUGUGGAUCACUUCGACGCGCUGAGCACUCGUUUCGAGCAGGAAUACCCGACCGCGAAUCCAACCUCCACGGAAGGGGCGACCGAUUCAUCCGAUGGGAGUCGUUAGUCAUAUGGUGGAAUGUGUUGUGUAUGUUACAAUUAGGACAAACAGUGGCACGAAAGUACGCAUCUUGAUUUGGCUUACGUUUCGAACUAACGUUUUUUUAGCAUUAGAUAGUCAUAUUUAUUCCAGAAAGUAAAUUUUCUCAAUACGUCACAAAAAAAAUCGGUAGUAAUAAUCUUCACAGCUGUGGUGUUUCAUUGUCAAUGCUUCAUGUACCGUUAUCAUCAGAGAAAAUACAUCCAUGAAAUCAUUGAAA